AUGAGGCCCCUCUUCCCGGGACUGCUGCUGCUCUGGCCGCUCCUGCUGUGCCCCGUAGCCCCCACUGCCCCGGGUCCCCUGGGCCGCCCUGGCUUCCUGAGGCUGGGGACCCGGGGCUCGGGGGGCAGCCCUGGGCACCGUCCCGCUCCAGCCGCCCCCAUCCGUGUGCCCGGAGGAGCCCGAGGCGCAGGUUUUUGCAAGAGCAGGCCGCUGGACUUGGUGUUUAUCAUCGACAGUUCCCGCAGCGUCCGGCCCCUGGAGUUCACCAAAGUGAAAACCUUUGUGUCCCGGAUAAUCGACACCCUGGACAUCGGGGCGGCGGCCACGCGGGUGGCAGUGGUGAACUACGCCAGCACCGUGAAGAUCGAGUUCCAGCUCCAGACCCACUCGGAUAAGAAGGCCCUGAAACGGGCGGUGGAGCGGAUCGCGCCCUUGUCCACAGGCACCAUGUCGGGCCUGGCCAUUAGGACAGCGAUGGAAGAGGCCUUCACCGUGCAGGCGGGAGCUCGGGGGCCCAGCUUCAACAUCCCGAAGGUAGCCAUCAUCGUGACGGACGGGCGGCCCCAGGACCAGGUGACCGAGGUGGCGGCCCGGGCGCGGGCGGCCGGCAUCGAGCUGUACGCCGUGGGCGUGGACCGGGCGGACCUGCGGUCGCUCCGGAUGAUGGCCAGCGAACCCCUGGAGGAGCACGUGUUCUACGUGGAGACCUACGGGGUCAUCGAGAAGCUGUCCUCUAAGUUCCAGGAGACCUUCUGCGCGGAGGACCCGUGCUUGCUUGGCACACACCGGUGCCAGCACGUGUGCGUCAGUGACGGCGACGGCAGGCACCACUGUGCGUGCAGCCAAGGGUACGCCUUGAACGCCGACAAGAAGACGUGUGCAGCUAUUGAUAAGUGUGCUCUUAACACUCAUGGAUGUGGACACAUCUGUGUGAACGACAGAAAUGGCUCUUAUCACUGUGAGUGCUACGAAGGUUAUACUUUGAACGAAGACAGGAAAACGUGUUCGGCUCAAGAUCAAUGUGCUUUAGGUACACAUGGCUGUCAGCACAUUUGUGUGAACGACAGAGCUGGGUCCCAUCGCUGUGAAUGCUAUGAGGGCUACACUCUGAAUCAAGAUAAAAAAACCUGCUCAGUUCGUGACAAGUGUGCUCUGGGCUCUCAUGGAUGUCAGCACAUUUGUGUGAGUGAUGGGGUUGCGUCCUACCACUGCGACUGCCACGCGGGCUUCACCUUGAAUGAAGACAAGAAGACGUGUUCAGACAUUCAAGAAGUCCGAAAACUGGUCUCCAUAGAAGACGCUUGUGGAUGUGAGGCCACGCUGGCAUUCCAGGGGAAGGUCAUCUCGUAUCUGCAGGGACUGAACACCAAGCUCGAUGGCAUUUUGGAGAAGUUGCGAGCAAAUGGACUUGGACAAAUUCAUCAUUAA